ACAUGUGUUGCGCGGGCAUGGCGGCGCCCUGUGAUUACAAAUACGCACCGUGAGUUUUUGUUGACAGUACGCGUUGCUCUAGCGCAAAGCCCAUCAAAGACGCGCUUUAACAAUAUAAUAAACCAUAUAUGUUGAAGAAGAUCUUUUUGUCCAGAGCUCAAGAUUCCUACGGUUAUGCGCAUUUCAACUAAAGACCGAGAACAACAACAACAACAACAGUUUUGUUUAGUAUUGUGAUGAGUUCUUCGACAUUCAUGAAAUUUCAAGAAAACUGAAAACACAUCAGUGUCUUAAGACAUCGAAGCCUAGUACAGAAGAAGAAAGCCACAAGACAUUUCGACCUGUCAAGACAGGAUGUCAGGUGCAGGAGAGACCAGUGAUGGUGCUGCGGGGCAGGAGGCAGAAGCUGAUGGUGAACCACCUCAUGGGGCUUGUCACCUGGAACAGGUGAAGGACGAUAUGGAAGCACCACCGGCAGCUAAACAACCUCGACUGGAGCACGCGUGUCUCGAUUUACCCACCACAGAAUCGCUUGUUGAGCAUGCAGCAGAUUUGACUGGAAGCCAUGGGAAUGCUGAGACAGAAGAAGAGGUGGCCAUUCAUUCAGAAAUUGAAAUGGCAAGUGCUGUUCAAGGACAGGAAGUGGAAACAGAGGUGAAAUGGCAUGAAAAUGGAGAAGAGAAGAAAGAAGUGCUCGCACAGACCGAGGAAGAAAGAGUAGAUGAGACCGAGGAGGAGGAGGAGAAGAGUCCAGAGGACAUUUCUACAGAGCAGCAUUAUCAUGGCCUCGAGUUCAGCCAGAAUCCACAGAUGCUGACGGGCUCCUGGGCUGAGUACACCCACACCACUGAGAAUUACCUCAGAGGCUGCAAAUGGGCUCCAGAUGGUUCCUGCAUUGUCUCAAACAGUGCUGAUAAUGUUCUCCGUGUGUAUAACCUCCCACCUGAGCUAUACAGCAGUCGCUGGGACAUGCUCUCUGAGAUGAGUCCAGUGCUGAAGAUGGCAGAAGGAGAAACCAUCUAUGACUACUGCUGGUUCCCAAAGAUGAGUUCCAUGGACCCAGACACAUGCUUCAUUGCCAGCAGUAGCCGGGACAACCCGGUCCACAUAUGGGACGCGUUCUACGGAGACCUCCGUGCAUCGUUUCGACCCUACAACCACUUGGAUGAGCUGACGGCGGCCCAUUCCCUUUGUUUCUCACCGGAUGGCUCUCAGCUCUACUGUGGUUUCGAUAAAAUCGUCAGGGUCUUCCACACCGAACGUCCCGGGAGAGAGUGUGAAGAGAGGCCUACCAUGGUCAAGAAACAGGGUCAAACAGGCAUCAUCUCCUGUAUUGCCUUCAGUCCGUGUCAGUCCAUGUACGCUUGUGGCUCGUAUUCCCGUUCAGUUGGCAUUUACUCCUGUGAGGACGGCUCUCUCCUGGCUCUGCUGCCCACCCGACACCAUGGAGGCCUUACACACCUGCUAUUCUCACCUAAUGGCUAUCACCUGUACACAGGUGGACGCAAGGACUCUGAGAUCCUGUGUUGGGAUCUUCGAGAACCGGGACGGGUUCUGUUCUCCAUGCAAAGGAGCGUCGAUACCAACCAGCGUAUCUACUUUGACCUGGACCGAUCUGGUCAGCAUCUACUGAGUGGGGACACAGAUGGUGUGGUGUCAGUAUGGGACACCCUCACAGCGCCACCUGAUGGAAAUGAAGAUUUACUGCAGCCUGUGUUGCAGUUUCAGGCACACAGAGAUUGUACUAAUGGCAUCAGUGUACACCCUUUUAUGCCACUGCUGGCGACCUCCAGUGGUCAGCGGCAGUUCUGCUGGCCAUCUGACAGCGAGAAAUCAGAGUCCGAUUCAGAAGAAAAUGUGAUUUCUUCAGAUGGUGUCCGAAAAGACAAUGCUCUUGUGCUCUGGUGGGCCGGCCCUGUGGGCUCAAGUGCUGUGAGCUCAACCAAUGAGAGGGAGCAGGAGGAGGAGCCAACAGUACUACAACAGAGAGCUUGAACUUUUGAAUGUAAAAUGGUCUUCCUGAAGAAACUGCAAUUGUAAUUCUUAAUGUAUUUUAUUUGCAGAACAUUUUUUAGAGUCUUUUUCAGAAGGUCUUGAAAUUGGGGUAGCUUAUUUAAAACAUUUUUUGUGUCUAAGCUUUAGGACAGUCAGUGACUGCCUUAAAGCCAAAAUAUAUAUAAAAAAAUUUAAACCAGUUUCAGUGAAUUAAAACGUGACAUAAUAGUAACAUUCAUUUGAAAUAUGAAUAUACACAUUUUUUACAUUAUGUGAUACAGGAAUUGUCCAGUCUUUGCCUGAGUUUGAUGCCCCUCAGGUAACAGUUUAGCAGCACAGAUUGUUGCUGUUUUAUCUCAGUUGCAGAUUUUUUUAGGAUAUACAAUUGUUUUUGUCUCCGACUUCUAGUGUAAAACAUCAGUGAACAAUACAGUGUUGUUACUGUCUGAAACUGUGGUUCAUCCUUAGAUGAUGUUAAAUGUGCCAUAUAGUACAGUGAGCAGCUGUGAAUAUAUAUUUGUAAGCCAAUAAUCUGCUUUAUUGUAAGUAAAUGAGCUUGGUUUUCUGGCUCUAUGUGCCUCAAUGCUUAAGCUGAGGCUGCACAUUCCCUUUUGUAAUAACCUACAGGUAUGCUUAUGUUUUUCUAUGUGAGUUUGUGAUUUUUUUCUAAUAUUGGUGUCUUGACACAAUGCUGUGAGUGUUUACAAAUGUACACAUUUUAAAGC